AUGAUGGCAUUGGAACAAGCAAUCCAAGCCUUACCACCAGUGCUAUACCUUGGUCUUUCUGGACUUGCAUUCGCCAUCUCUUUGCACGCACCAAAACAGGGACAGCGUCUGGCGCUGCUGCCGUUGAUUCUAAUACCCGCCUUCCUCUCCUUGUCUGCGGUACUCCAUGUGCCAUUUGCCUCUGGCGUCUCACUCGUCUGGGGUCAAGCAUUAACAGGAUAUGUCCUGCAUACUAUAUCGACCUUACACCUCGAAGAGAUCCCACCACCUUGCCCAUCCGGUUCCGAUCCCGCGACGCUUGGGUUCAACACCUGCUUCGACUUCGGUUACUUUCGCCGAAUUUGGCUGAAUCCACGUUUGAUACGUACGCAUCCAACCAAUCAGACCUCGCAGGAGCGGCCGAAGAAGCAGUCUCGCGGGAUAUUCCUUGUAUUACAACUCUCCAAGCUUCUCAUAUACUACAUCAUUCAAACAAAUAUCUCCCCUGCGCUAUUUGACGAAGUUGUCAUUGACCUCCUGCCGGAUGAUGUUGCUCCAUAUCAACAAUCCCUCUGGCGUCCUCUAAACGGGUUCACGGCGCGAGAGUGCUUAAAUGUAACGUUCGUCACCUUCUCAUCUUUCUGGGCGACGUUUGUGUACCUCGACGGGACAAAUGCCAUGAUGGCCGCACUGUUUGUUAUGAUCGGCCUGGAUGAUCCAGAGGACUGGCCGCCACUUUUUGGUGACCUCUCCCAGGCAGCCGGGCUGCGAAAUUUCUGGUCAAGAUUCUGGCACACACUUCCCAUGAAGCCUUACAGGAGCAUUGGAGAAUACAUCAGCCUUCGGAUACUUAGGCAGUCGCCUCGGUCUUUCGCCCAUAAGGCAAUCAUUGCCUCGGUUGCAUUUGGGCUUUCAGGCGCCGCCCACGCUUUGAUAGACUGGCAGCGUGGCAGCCCUGAUUGGCACUUGAAUAUUUAUUGGUUCCUACUCAACUUUCUCGGUUGUAUGGGCGAGUCCCUUUUUGUCAAGACGCUUCGCCAGUUAGCACGGAGAGCUUUUCGAGAGCACGAUUUUCGGACCCUCCAAGAAAGCUGGCUAGGCAGAUUUAUUGGGUAUGUCUGGGUUUGCGUCUUCUUCUGCUGGACGGUGCCAAUGUGGCGUUUUCCCGAAAUCCAUCGGCAGUCUUUGGCUUUCCAAAGUAUGAGGCAACUCCUGUCGAACAUGCAAGUAGCUCAACAGUAG